AAAGCAGUCAACUCUGUAGCGUGCUCCGUUAAUAGAUCGAGUAAAACUUCCACUUUUAACUCACGCAUGUUACACUUUUCUUCCAACGAUUUAAGACGACGAUUUAAGCGUGUAACAUCAUCGGGUGCUCCUUUUCGAUUGAAUGAACAGCAGCAAUUACAACAAACGAUCAAGGAAAUUAUGGAAGAGAAUCACCAGAUCAAUUCAAAACUGGAAAUAUUAAAAAGUUCCCACUGCACUGGUCCCGGAGGCAAUGAUUCACGUGAUGACGCCACUCGUGAAAAGCUAACAAAUGACGCUUAUAAAAAUGUUAAAAAACAAAUUGACUAUUUGCAAACGGAAAAUAAUGACUUACGCCUGUUACAUAAAAACUCGCAAAAAACGAUAGAAAAUUUGGAAAAAGAGAUACAAAAUUAUCGUAAUCAAUUGUUUAAGCCAACAUCAGUUUGCGAAGUUAAGCAUAAAUAUACCACUGCUUUGAAAUUGUUGGAAUGUACUAUCGCUAAUCAAAAGACUGAACUUAAAGAGAAGGCUUGUGUAAUCGAAAGUCUUUUCGAUGAAAGAAAAAACUUACGUAAUCAGGUUGAAAAAUUGGAAAAAUGUCUCGAAGAAAAAGACAAGCAACUUGAAAAGAUGCCUCAGACCCUAGAAAGUCUUACUAAAUUACAGGAUCAACUUAAGGAAAUUACAAAGCACAAUAACGACUUACAAAGUGCACUAAAGCAAUCGAAAAUCGCCAUCGAGGAACGCUUUAAUCGUGAACAGAACGCAUUGCAAAAAGUUCAAGAGGCGCUAGCCAUAGCCGAAGCAGCGGUUGUUGAUAAAGAUGAUGCUUUAAAACGUGAAAGAAUCCUUAAAGAGGAAUGUGAUAAUAUAGCCUCGACAAUAGGACAAGUAAUGGAUGAAGCAGCUCGUAAAGUUGAGAAAGAUAUGGAAACUAUGCGUAGAAAAUAUGUCGAAAAGGAAAAGGUUUUGUUAGCGGAGAAAAAUAAGCUUCUAGAAGAAAUACAAAAUCAAAAGAAAUUUAAUCAAAUUUUGGAUACGCGUUGCAAUCGCUUUGAGCAAAAAUAUAAAGAGACAAUGAAAGACAAUGAUCAUUUAUCACAGCAACUAGAAUUGGCUGCCAAGACUUUGUAUGAAAUGGAGCAAAGAAUUAAUCUAAAUGAAAAUAACUCACCAAAUGAUUGCGAAGAACGCAAUAAAAAAAUUAUGGCGAAUCAGGACCAAGAAUUACGUCAUUACAUUGAAAUAAAUAAACAAUUGAAAGAAAAAUACCGCGUCGCUUUGAAUGAAAUGACGAAUGACUUUAAACAGGAAAUUUAUCGUUUGCAAAGUGAGGUCGCUGCAGUGAAGGCUGAAAAUGAAAUGCUCAAGUUGCAACAAGACUUUGAAAACGGCGAGAGCGAGGAAGUGGAGAAACCCUAAAAAGGCGGGAUGAUGAUGAUGAUGUUUAAAAGAAGCAAUUAAGUGAUGUUAAAUUAUUUGUGUAACUAAUCUGAAUAUUCGCAUUAUUUCUUGAAAACGUUUAUUAUUUAUUUUUAUGUGAAUAUAUAUACAUGUAAAAUCUCGAUUGUUGCUUGCUAUAAAGUCCCGCCUGGAAGUAGGAAUAGGAAACUCUGAUAGUGCCGUUCUGUACGCGUUGUUCAUCGCUUUGAUUUAGCAAAAAUCUUUGCCACAAAUUGUUGUCCUCGAUAUACAGAUAUACAGAAUAUAUAUAUAUAUAUACAUAUAUAUAGCAGAUAUAUAAGUCGCAACAAAUGAACUUGAAGCGUUACUUAUCCGAAUCAUUCCAUUGAUAAUAAUAAUAAGGGUAACGCCGUAGCAUGAUUCUUCACUAUUGGCAGCCAUCAUUAGCAGUAGUUGGUAGCUUCUUCCGUAAUCGAUGCAUCCAGCAUUUGUCCAUAUUAUUAUGUGUACUAUGAAAUUUGUUCAGAAAUAUUUAAUUUUGUUUAUGAUAUUAUUUAGCAAAAUCUUGUCCGUCGCUAAAUAUGAUCAAUUGUUAAGAUGUCUUCAUUCGUUAUUUCUUGACGAACUUUGGUCACGAGCUACUAUCGAUCUUCAUUCUAUGGAGUCAACUUAAAUAACGUAGACGAAAGCAUCACAAUAUCGAAAGAAAUUCAUCCCUAAAACACAAGUACAAAGUACAAGUUUUGUUCCGCAUACAUGUUGUAUACGGAAAAGCUUUUAUAAAAAAGCUCUCUUACAAAUAUUUUGUUUAUGCAUUGUUAGAAGCAGCACAAUUCUUAAUUCAAUUGUAAAAAUAUAGAUAUAAGACAAUGCGCUUUCAAUAUGAAGAUUAUCCUUUGCUGCCUUAUGGCGCAAGCUGAAGUGGUCGAGUUUAGGGAAGUCGGCGGGAUGCCGUUCCUGCUGUUGCAGCGGUUGCAGCGGAUGCAACUCUUUUAGCUGUUCCUUCUCUUCCUGCUGUUCCUGCCGGUUCAUUUAAAUUCUUCUCCUCCUCCUUCUUCUCCUACUCCUCCACCUUCUCCUCCUACACCUCCUC